UUUCUCUAACAAUAAGUCAUAGUCUCGGAACUUGUUCCCCGAACAAAUGGUGGAACGCAAGCAUUGGCCCAUGGAGGACAGCGUGCAAGGAACCUCGAGCGCCGUCCUCGAGGAGAUCUUCUACGUGACGUCGAAACGGAACACGUAUUACAAGGUGAAGCUGACGGAGAAGGGUCUGAGCUUGCAAAAGGAGCACAACGGCGCGACGAAGAUCGAGACGAUCGCCUUAGGUGACAUCAUCGGUUGCAGAUGCAUGCGGUCGAAGCGCAGGAACGCGGGCAGCUGCGCCUGCCGACCGGGCGCGUCCAAGUCGCAGAUGAAGCUAGUGGAGUCGGCCGAGCUCUACCAGCAGUGCGACGAGCUCGACACGUCGGCGUACCUCUACAUAUACGCGUACACGUUGAAGAAGACGCGCAUGAAGGUCACGCUCAGGCGCGAACGUACGACGAUUACUCUGCGCUUCCGCAGCUUCGACAAGUACGAGGAUAAUCUGCGGGAGGCCAGCAGGUGGCGAUUGGCGAUCAAGUGCCUGGUCGCUAACGUGCCGGUGCCGAAAAACCUUAUGAGUCCCAGCCACGGCAACUUGGAGACGUUGGUCGGGGCGUGUCCGGGUGAGAAUCGGAAACUUCUGGUGUUGGUAAACCCGAAAUCAGGACCUGGCAGAGGCAGAGAUACCUUCCAGAAGAGGAUUCAUCCGAUCUUGUCGGAAGCGGAAAGAUCUUACGAGAUUCACGUUACCAAGUGUUCUAAUUACGCUCGUGAGUUCGUGCGCACAAGGGAUAUUUAUCAGUGGAGCGGUCUGUUGAUGGUCGGUGGCGAUGGAAUCGUUUUCGAGGUAGUGAACGGAAUCUUCCAAAGGCCCGAUUGGGAGAAAGCUCUGCGCGAAUUGCCGCUUGGGGUAAUACCGUGUGGCUCCGGCAAUGGUUUGGCAAAGUCCAUUGCUCACGCUAAGAAAGAACCGUACGAUCGCAAUCCUUUGCUUAUCAGCGCACUAUCGGCGGUCAAAUGUAAAAAGACGUCGAUGGAUAUCGUACGCGUCGAAACUAGAAAUCAAAUUCUUUUCUCGUUUCUGUCGGUGGGCUGGGGUUUACUGGCUGAUAUUGACAUCGAAAGUGAACGACUUCGCGCCAUCGGGGGCCAAAGAUUUACCGUAUGGAGCGUAGCGCGUCUAAUAGGAUUGAGAACAUAUAAAGGCAAAGUGUCGUAUUUACCUUGCAACAAGGUUCUUCCGACAGAAAAUAUGGAAAACGGCAAUGUAUAUCACAAGGACUAUGUCGCGGAGAAUAUAUUGUCGCAUUCGAGAAGCUACGGCGACGAAUUGGACAGGUGUUGCGCCAAGCCUGAAUCAGAAUCGAAAGAUUUUUACAAUACUUUCGGCGAAUCAUCCAACGAUUUGAACGGUUACGAUGAUAACGACGUGAUAACUGAGAACCUAGCUCUCGAGACGGAAAACGAGAGGAGACACAGACUUGACAGCUUCUACUCCGCAACCUCAGCGAAGUCGACUUAUUUCAGCACAGGUUCCGCCUCAAGUUAUCACAGUAUAGAAGAUGAUAAUAGCACAGAGAUUGAUGCAGAAAACAUCUGUAACAAUCAAGUUAUGUAUGGGCCAUCAUCUACACUUCCGGCGCUAACAUCGCAGCUCUCAAAUUGCUGGACAACGAUUCAAGGAGAAUUCAUAAUGGUACAUGCAGCAUAUCAAACACAUUUGGGACAGGAUUAUUUUUUUGCGCCACGUGCUGCAUUAGCUGAUGGAAUUAUUUGGCUUUUAAUAGCUAAAGCCGGUAUAUCACGGGCCAAUUUAGUUCAAUUUUUAUUAGGUCUGAGUAGUGGAACUCAUGUGACUUGCCCUGGCGUUGACAUGAUACCUGUGAAGGCAUUUCGAAUAGAACCUAUGGAAGGAAUGAGUGGACAUAUAACCGUAGACGGUGAGGAAGUUGAUUACGGACCGCUGCAAGCAGAGAUAUUCUCUUCCUUAGCAUCGGUGAUGACACCCUGACAUAAACGAUAAUUAUGUAUAUUUAAUGGUGAUAUCGAACAAAAUCAAAUAAUCCGGAUAUAAUUCGAGGAGAAAAAUUUAUUCUAGGUUAGCUUAGAGUAAAUUAGUUAUAAAAUAGUAACACCAAACUGUUAAUAUGUAUUAUUAUCUAUAAAAGAUAUUUCGGAUUGUAAAUUUUAAAUUGACAAUCUACGUAGGCUGUUUAAACUUCAUUCUAUUACCUUGCGAUGCGCUCAGUCAAAAGGGAGAGUUCUUUUUUUCUCUUCAUAAUGAAGAGGUCGAUAGAUAAAUAUAUACAUAGAAUUAUUUAUUAAUCUAGAGUUGGACGGGUUAAAUCUGUUGCAUCUUAAUAGAUACAUUUAGCCAUUUUGUAAAGUUUUCUAUCAGUUUGUACAGUGUAUCUAUACAUGCAACAAAAUGAUAUUAUUUGUGCUCACUAUUGU